ACCAAGAGCAAGUUCGAAUCUACGGCAAUGUCCAAGGAGCUUGGGGUCCAAAUCGAGGCCAGCCGUUUGGGCCACCUUGCCAUCACAGACAAGGAAGGUUGCACCAGCAUCUCCGGCGGCGCCGUCCGCUGCAAGAGUGUCGACGAUGCCCCUUUGGAAGCAUCCGAAUGGGAGGAAUUUCGUGGGUGGAUUGAUAUAGAGGGGAUUCUGCCGGUUAAAAUUCUCAAAUUCCCUGUUGUGUUCGAGGAACUGUGGGGAUGGGACAGGCCACUUCCUUAUGAUUUGGUUUUAGAGUAUCCAUCUGACUUGCCCAUGUACGAGUCCUACCUGGAGCAGUUUUACAACUUGAAUAGUGGCGCUGCUUCUGAUCAUUAUAACAGCAAAGCAGCUGCCGACGCUGCCUUGAAGUGUUUAGAGAAGGAGAAAGACCUGUGCUCUGAGUGGAAGAUUAAGAGGGCCAAAGCCAUAUCUUUUGAUGAGUCUUGGAGCAAUUGCGUCCAGAAAUGCAUGUCUGACAUUGUGGACGGUGCAGGAAGAGAAUCAAGACGCCCUUUUGCCACAUAUGCUGCUGCUGAAGACAUGGCGGAUGUAAGUCAUGAGUCAAUGCUGGAGUACUAUCAUAUUGCCAACAAGAUGUUUAAUAGUGAGGAUGAAGGUUAUACAUUCUAUAACAAAUAUGAUCUUGAGAAAGGUUUUAGUGUCCGGAGAAGCUAUGUCGAGUUGAAUGGAUCCAACGGCCAUAUAAUUUAA